AGUGGGCAGAGCCAACAACAGAUCAGAUUUCAUUCAGUGACUUCACGUUUUUGAACCCAACAUGAAGUUUGUUCUCAAUGGAGAAGACAAAGCUAGCAUCAAUUGUGCCAUUAGCAAGUACCUUGAAAAAGUGAAAAAAUGUGUUUUCCCCUCUUUGUGGCAGAUGGGAGAGGCUUCAGAUAAACGUUUUAUACUUUCACUGGAUCAACUAGCAGGCAGGCUCGUUUAGAAAACAAAGGCUAAACUUGAUGGACAGGAGGUUUUUUUUGUUAUUUUUUUUCCCCCCAACCGCAUCUACUUUGUUACUAUGCAUUUUUCUAAGUGGUGUAAAAUUUCCUACAGCAUAAUGUCAAGUUAUAUUUACUUUUAAUAUUACGUUUUGCUUCUGAUCUCUGGUGGUGUCCACGUACCCAGAGCAACAUAUUCUUUUACCUAGUAUCUUACAUUUGCAGCCCAUUCUCCAGCAGAAAUGGUGGGAAUACUUCCUGGCUCUACAGACAGCGCUGUUAAUUUUACUAAUAGUAAUAUUGGAAAAAGAAGAAUGAAGACCAGCCACCAAGAUCUCCUUAUUGAAAAACCCAUUAAAUGCGAACCUUCCCCAAUACCUAUGGAUUCUGAUGAUCUGCUUAGAUUUGAAAGAAAUGACAUACUAAAAUUUGAGAUUGAUGACAUCUCUGAACAUGAAGCAGAUGACACCUCUGAAUUGGAAACUGAUGCGCCUGAAGAUAACAUUAUGACAGAUGAGGCUGCAGGUCCAAUGACAUCACUGCCAAGAAUAAGGAAGAUGCGCUUCUCAGAUGAAGAGUUAAAUGUUUUGGUGCAAGAGGUGCAUGAUAAUAUGAGCCAACUGUUUGGUGAGCUCAGUGUAAAGACACCUACAGCUGUCAAAAACAAAAUUUGGGAGGGCAUUGUGGCAAAGGUUAAUGCCAUUGGAGUCACCACCCGAACAGUUAGUGAACUAAAGAAGAGGUGGCAUGAUCUCAGGCGGCGCACUAAGAUGAAGAUAAGUGUCUUUGAACCAUGUGGCCACCAUCUUGCAGCUGUACCUCCAGUUUUUCAACCCCUUCACCACCAAAGGCUGUUACAGGAGACUAUACACCCCCAUCAGAUCCAAGGGAUUUCAGAUUUGGACACAAGCAGUGCCAUAUUUACAUCAAAUGCUGCCAUAACAACUACUCAGGAUACAGAAGAAUAUAUUGAUGACACUGUGGAGCAGGAGAGGCACUGUGGAGAAGUAACAGAAACAAUAAGGCAACAAAGCAUGCCAGCCUUUCACAGAGAGCUUAGGGGUGACAACCAACAAUUCUCAGACCAUUUCAAGGCUAGCCAAAUCACUCAACAGAAACUCAUAUCAGAAAUUUGUUUGUUACGCAAUGAGAUGAGCCAAUCCGCACAAGGUCUACAACAAUCAAUUGACAUGCAUUUGGCCCACAUAGCUUCAUCGAUUGAUAUACAUUUGGGGCAUAUAGCCUCAUCUAUUGAGAAGCAUCUUGGUUUUAUUGCUACAAAUAUGUUAACACUGUCUCACAACAAACCACCAAAUUCUGAGUUAUUAUCAGGUCCUAAUACAGACAUUUCAAGCCCUUCUGGAAACCCCACAGUCCCAGUAUACCCAUGUUGCAGCAGCUCAGAAAUGGAAACUUGUAAUGUCUCAGAUCAAAUCAACUCACAAGUACCUAAUACACCUACCCAGUUUACUUUGGACAAGGGGGGUUCUCAAAAAAUAUCCAAGGUGCCUGUUAAAAGAAGAGCACAGUACUAUGACUCGUCUGAAUUUAUUCAUUCCAGGGACGAAACAGAAGAAAAUGGGGUAUUUGUACAAAUAAAUAAGGGGCACAUACAUACUUCUAGAGCCUUAAGAUCUAGACCUAGUAGUCUAGAACAAGGCACAGUGAAAAAAAAAAUGGCAAAGUAAUUUGACCAUGACAUGAGUUCAUCAGUUGGUCAUACACAUGUACAGUGCCAGUAAUACAUAGUUGACUAGUUUCUUUGAGGUAUUCAAGGAUUUGUAUUACUCUUAGUUGUUUUAAAUAUACAGUGUAUAUAUUUCUUGAAUAAGUAUUAAAAAGGCUAGAACAUCA